CGAAAUGACCAAUAUUCACGAGUGUGACAUUCGGUACUAUUGAUAAUUAGGAGUGACGGAAUCUUAGGGCCACGCAAACCUGUCGUCCGGCUCCCACUCGAAUCCACAGGCGUGGAGGCGGGGCCUGGUUGCGAUGGCGCGUCAUGAUACGGAUGGAAAUUAAAUGUUGGACGCGCAGGCUUUAAAGGAAGUAGAGGAGGUAAAGGAUGUAAAGGAUGUGAGGAUGUGGAGGAUUGGUGGUUUAUUAAUCUACGCUUACAAACUUGGGUUAGCCUUCCACGAACACACAAAUCUUCCAGACCGUGAAACGGCCGAACAACAACGCUGCUAGAGACCAUCAAGCAGUCCACUGUUUCCCGGAACUGUAGGAUCGCAACCUUGCACCAUAUGCUCACGAAAGGACAAGCGCGAUGGCAUACGAAUUUGUCACGGUGGACGUCUUCACCAAGACCCGGUACGAAGGGAAUCCUUUGGCGAUAAUCAAAGUUCCAAAAUCUGCUACUCUGACUCAAAAGCAGAAGCAAUCGAUUGCAGCAGAAUUCAAUCUGUCGGAAUCGACGUUCUUGCAUGAGCGCAGUGGCGAGGCGUACGAGUGGACAGUCGACAUAUUUAUGACCGACAAAGAGCUGCCUUUCGCAGGACAUCCGACCAUUGGUACUGCUUAUCACGCGCUCUCGGAGAUAGCUGAAUCAGGAGCGCAUACGGGCGACGAAAUCAUCAAGGCCGUUUUUAAUGUUAAAGCCGGCAAGAUUGAUCUUCAAUACAACAUCCCGGACAAGACGGCGAAAGCUUCCAUACCGCACAAUGUCAACAUCCAUCAGCGAACGUGCAGUCGAGAAUCUCUCGGUCAGUUCCAGCCAGGCCUCAAAACAGCAGAGGAGUCUGGCACGACUAGCCUGAAAGAGAGUUCUCCUGUAGUAUCCAUUGUCAAGGGAAUGACCUUCGUACUUGUAGAGCUCGCGGACGAGAAGGCAUUGGGAGCAGUGUCGACAACCAGCUCAUCCAUCGAGUUCACAGACCUUGACCAGAAUUGGAAUGAGACAUUCGUAGGCUGGUACUUUUAUGUCCAGCUCGGCAGUUCGGAGGGCGGAGUGAUUAAGCUGCGCACGAGGAUGAUCGAAGGUCUGUUGGAGGACCCUGCUACGGGCAGCGCAACCAGUGCUUUGGCAGGAUAUCUCUCCUUGAAGGAAGGAAAGGCCGGUACAACACUGAAGUAUGAGAUGACUCAAGGCGUCGAAAUGGGUCGUCGGAGUGAGAUCGGGAUUGAGGUGGCCAUGGCCGAAUCUCAAGGCAUUGAUACCAUCAGCUUGAUCGGAAGCGCCGUGCGAGUCAUGGAAGGUCGAGUGAUUGCUUGAAAAGAAAAGAGGUCGAGAUGUUAUCCCUACGUUGGAAGGUCAGAGGCGGAUCUCUUUUGAGUAGGGACCGAUUUGCUAUAUCAUGUCUGCUGCGCAGUGUAUAGACCGACACAAAGACAGAACAUUCAGUUGAGACGGCCAUUGCGUGCCGACGCCAAUUCUCUUGGUAGUGGUGAUUUAGUUUCAAUCGUCAACGCGAGCCGAG